UCUACAUCCUCUUUUACUGACACAGGUCGACAACAUAAUCAUGAAGCCCACGAGCUUUUCCCGAGCUCCAAAGCCAAUGUCACAAUCAAGCGUCACUGAUCUGCCUGAAGACCUCGCUCAAGCUGCGCAAACUCAAAUUGAUCUCAUCGCCUCGUGUCGGCGUUGGCUCGACAACCACACCCCGACCGGAUGCACUGCUUCAAUGUGGCGCGAGGUCAGCGCCAAACUUGUAGCCUUUGUUGCCGAAUAUAAAAUCCGAAUCGAGGAUUUGAAGCUGAAAUACUUCAAUGGAGAGCCAUCUCAAGCUGAAAACAAAAAUCAAGACGGCGCAAUUCUCGACAGUGUUUGGAAGCUGCGAGUGCACGAAAGUAAAUCUGUCGAGCCUGUGCUCAUUAUACCGAUUGGUGGGGAUAACCAGACUGUGGAGGUCAAGUUUGAGACCCGCGACCAACUGGAGUCAGUUAUGAGGGACGAGUACUUCGGCUAUCUCACCAAGGUAUUUCAAGCCUUUGAUCAAGCCGAAAAGGAUCUCAUCCAACUCUUCGACAUGUCAAGAAAGAUAGAGCAGGAAAGGGCAGCCCUCAGUCAACCACCGGAGGAAACAGUACAAACGCACAUUGAGCUGCUCAAAGAGUACAACGAUAUGAAGGACAUCGGCCAGCAGCUCAUUGGCCUCAUUGCCGAUAACAAAGGGCUGUCUAUCGGUGCUUUGUAUGAAGAUGGGCAGUACGGGGUAACUGCUGAUGACUGAACCUCCGCUCCAUCAGGUGCAAGUGAAGUCAGUGUUCAAAACCAUAUGAUAAUCCACUGUGUAGGGGUAAGUCCAAUAUGUACAGACUAGCAAGAUUCGCACACACCACUUGGGGCUAUGUACACCACGCGCCCCGUCAAGGUCCGGUCCCGUCCAGUCCAGCUCAUUGCCGGCGCUAGGAUUUGGUCCCCGUUGUGUUCCAUUCCGUUUCAUCCCAUCAUCUCAUCCA